AUGCUAACGGAAAUUCUCUUGAGUAUUUGUGCAGCGAUUAGCCUCUAUUUAUGCUAUCGCUAUGCAGUUAGCCGUCCUGAAGGAUUCCCACCUGGACCUCCGCGCAUACCGCUAUUCGGCAGUUAUUUGUUCAUGAUGCUGGCGGAUAAAAAAUAUUUGCAUAAAGGCGUACUGAAAUUUACCAAGUGGUAUAAAUCGGAUAUUGUGGGUUUUCAUGUCGGCCCUUUUCCUACGGUUGCGGUGCAUAAUGCGCAGGGUGUCAGAGAAAUAUUGAAUAGAAGAGAAUUUGACGGACGCGUACCAAUAUUUUUGGCGCAAAUGCGCGCACCUGAAGAUGAAUUAUUAGGUAUUUUCUUUCGUGAAGGUCCUGUGUGGAAGGAGCAACGUCGCUUUAUUUUACGCUACCUUCGUGAUUUUGGAUUCGGCCGCCGUUUUGCUGAACUGGAAUUAGUCAUUCAAGAGGAGAUAACUGAUCUUUUAGAUCUCAUACGCAACGGCCCCCGCUAUCCACAUGAGCACGAAUUAUCUAGGCCGGGCGGUUAUAGAGUGUGCGUCCCAAAUGUGUGGAGCCCAUUUACAUACAACGCCUUUUUUCACAUAAUGAUGAACGAACGGCGGCCGCGUUCGGAUCAAGCCGAAGUGUUGCAGCUCAUCAAGAUGGGAAUGAUUUUUCAACGCAAAGGAGAUGAUUAUGGUAAAAUGUUGAGUAUAAUGCCUUGGAUACGACACCUAUUCCCCAGUUGGAGCGCCUAUGAUGUACUAACAACGGCGAAUAAAUUUAUUUUUGAGUUUUUCGAAAAAAUUAUAGAUCAUCACAUUGACACCUAUGAUGAGAAUAGUGAACGAAAUUUUAUCGAUUUAUAUAUCAAGCAGAUGAAAGUAGAGCAUGAGCAGGGCCAGACCGACGUUUACUAUCGCACACAGUUCAUAUUGGCUUUGGUGGAUUUCGCCUUUCCCGCAUUCACAGCGAUUGGUGUACAAUUUACGUUCCUGAUACAAUACCUCCUACUCUAUCCCGACGUGCUGAAACGCAUACAAUCGGAAAUAGAUGAGGUGGUUGGUGGUGGGCGCUUGCCAACGCUUGAAGACCGCAAGCAUUUGCAUUACACAGAAGCUGCUAUUCGGGAGGGUUUGAGAAUUGAGACUUUGGUGCCUUCGGAUGUGCCGCACCGAGCAUUAGAGGACACCGAACUGCUGGGUUACAAAAUACCGAAACACACGAUUGUUAUACCCAGUUUGUAUGCAUAUCACGCUGAUGAACGCGUCUGGGGCGAUCCGACAAAAUUUAGGCCGGAACGAUUUUUGGAUGAGAAUGGAAAGCUAUCGCUGAAAAAGGACGUAUCACUGCCUUUCGGCGCAGGAAAACGACUUUGUGCUGGAGAGACUUUCGCGCGAAAUAUGCUAUUCCUCAUAACUACAGCGAUGUGUCAAAAUUUUAACUUUAUUUUGGGGCCAGGUGAUGUAUUACCAGAUUUAACGAAAAAUAAUAACGGUUUAAUUAUCACACCAUACGAUUUUUGGUUACAAUUGGAGGAAAGGAACUAAGAGUGGAGAAAAUUUAUUUAUUUAUAA